AUGCUGGCGCUGUCGAACACCACGGCCCUGGACCUGCUCCUCUCCAAACUGCUCCAGGAGUGCCUGGAACGCUCCAACAGCUCAGCUGCUCCCCAGGAGAGCCGUGCCAGCGACAGCCUGGCCAUCAUCUACGUGCUGCUGAUGCUGGGGCUCUUUGGCUUCUUCAGCGUGGGGGUGAUGGUGACCAACCUGCGGGCGCGGCGCCUCGAGGGGCCCCGCGACCCCUACAACACCUACAUCGCCACGGAUGUCUGGCACAGGAAGGACAGGGAGUACCUCCAGGCCAAGGUCCUCGAGAGCUGCAAGCUCUGCUGUGUCCUGGAGAACCAGCUGGCCGUGGAGCAGCCAUCCAGGAAGAUCCCUGAGGAGAAAUCUUCCUAG